AUGUCCACUCAAUCUGCUCAAAGCAUUCUGUUCACCCACACGGCACCCCAACAGGCCUUCCGGUUACUCGAACUUCCACCGGACCUCGCAGAGCUCCUCUCCUCGGACAAUCCUCCAACCCUCGAAAUAAAAUCCCCCGCUCCCUCGUCGCAAGAUUCCAACCCCACCGACCCUCCUCCCACCGACACCACCCGCGAAUACAUCAACCUCUGCACCCCAAGCCAGACCUACCGCAUCCGCCAAGUCCAAUCCUCCAAUUCCCUGCACAUUCUCCGGCCCAGCGACGAUGGCAUCCAACGCGGCGAUCUCGCCGUCAUCGGCGCCCCCACCUCCACCCCCACCGAAGACGUCCUCGCUGACAUGAACCUCUCCGAAACAAUGACGACGAUCGCGAAGUGCGGAUCCACGCUGGAACUACAUACCCCGCAGGAGGGGUUUGAUAUUAUCCCGAUUCUGGAGGGGUUGUUGGGGAAAUAUGAUUCCAAUUCCGAUAGCAAUCACGGCAACACUGGGCAGGGGAGACUGUCGAAACAUACGGACCGGCGGAGCAUCAUUGAGGGGGUGUUUGCUGAUGUUCCGGUGUCCCGGGCGCAAUGUGAGAGGGCCUGGAGGGAGAUUUGUGCGUUUGUGUUACCUGACACGGGGCGGGGGUGGGUGCCGACGGCGAAGGUGAAGAUUGGGGUGUGGAAACGGGUGAUCGAGGGGGCUAUGUUACAGGGGAUCGAUCUGGGGAAGCAAUUUUUGGUGGGGGAUGUGUGGAAGUCGGCACUUGAUGAGGAUGGGGAAGCGGAGUGGCCGAGGGAGCUGUUUGAGGCGGUUGUGCGGAAGGUUUGUGAGGCCGGUGAUGGGGCGAGUAUUGAUCAGGAGGGGUGCGUCCGGUGGGUGGGCGAAACGUAUUUGGAGGCUGUGGCACCCACAGCGAAUGCUGCUGUUGGGCGCAGUGAGUUCUUGAAUGCCUGGAAGGAUCAUUUGCCCGAGGGCUGGAGGGAGGAUGCUGCGUUUUCGAAGCUUACGGUAUGUGGUUUUAAGUUAGUCUUCAUUUGGUUCGCUAACAGUAUGCGUGUACAGGAGGGCAAGCACGGAUUUCCUGAUCCAACGACUAUCUGCUUUGUCAAUGAUGAUGAUCGGCAAAAAUUGAAGAAAAAUCUCUCAACAGAUGCUAGUGCUUCUACUGCGGCGAAGAAGGCAAGAAACUGGCACGAGCUGUUCAAAAACCAAAAGCGACAGAAGCGCUGA